GGGGCCUGGACGCUACGCUCUGCCCCCUACAGUUGGAUACAUGAACCAUGACUUCACCAAACCCAGCAGCCCUGCUUACUCCUUCCACAGCCGCACCAGCAUGGCCACUGCGGACUGCAGCCCAGGACCGAGGUACCACGUCGACGCAAAGGUCACACGCUUUGGCCGAACGGAGACGCCAUCCUACUCCAUUUUGGGCAGAGCAAGGCGCACGGGGAGUAAAGUCGAGCUGUUCCAGACUCCGGGCCCCGGGGCCUACAGCCCAGAAAAGGCUCCACCGCUCAACGCUCAGCGCAGACCUCCGUCCUUCACCAUCGGCGGCCGCACCAGAUACCGCUCCGUGGACGCUAAUCCAGCACCAAACAGCUACAGUCUUCCCAACCUGCUGGGCUGCCAGGUUCCCAACAAACCCUCCAGUUCCAGCUACAGCUUCUCCAGCCGGAGGAAGGUCGGCGCGCCCUCCGAAGAUCUCUCCAUGAGCCCCGGACCGGGAAAGUACAACACCACCCACCCGGAUAUUUACCGCCAGCGGCAGCCCUCCUUCACCAUGCAGAGCCGGACCAAGAGGCCCAGUUACUCCGCGACUGUUCCCGGCCCGGGCGCAUACAGCCCGGAGAAGUUUCAUCUCCAUCUUCCCAGACCCCCCUCGUUCACUCUGGGAGUCAGACACUCCGAAUUCGUCACCCCGCUUGUGGUGGAUGUAGUUGACUGACUGUCCUGGGGA